UCGUGCUCGGGAGUGAAGUGCGGCGAAGGGGGCCGCUGCGCCGUGCGCCACGGCCGCGUCCGCUGCGUGUGCGCCCCGCCGUGCACGCGCCGCGAGCGGAAGCACGGCCCCGUCUGCGGCUCCGACUCCCGCACCUACAAGCACGUCUGCCGCCUGAGGAAGCGGCAGUGCCGGGGGAAGGACCCGACGCUCCAGCUCGAGUACCAAGGCCCCUGCCAACAAAGCUGCCAGUCUGUGCGUUGCACCGGGGAUCUGCGGUGCGUCCUGGACCAGAACGGCGACCCGCACUGCGUCGCCUGCCGCGCGGCGUCGACGUGCGACGAAGGCGGCUCCGACCUCUGCGGCUCCGACGGCCGGACCUACCCCUCCGCGUGCGAACUGGAAUCGGCCGCGUGCGAACUGGGACGAGCCAUCCCCGUCGCCCACGAAGGACCCUGCCUGCCGAACGCGACGUGUUCGACGGUUCGAUGCAGACCGGGGCAGAGCUGCCUGGUGGAGGCGACGACGGGCCGGCCCCGCUGCGUCACGUGUCCGCCCCAGUGCGACUCCUUGAAGCCCGUCGCGGUCUGCGCCUCCAACAAUGCGACCUAUACUUCAUGGUGCGAGAUGAUGAAGCAGGCCUGUCGAUCGGGUCUGGCCCUGGACGUCCUCGGUCGUGGGACCUGCCCCGCUCUCGUCGCCGCCGGUCGGUUCCCGGUUCGAGGGGGAGGAGGGAGGAGCCGGCGAGUCCAAGUGGCUCCACGGCUCUCGGAUGCCAAGGCGGCUCCCAGAGGAUCUCCACCCCUCCAACAAUACUGUGAUUUUCAACAAAGGGAUGCAUCUUGAGCUGGAAUAGUGUAGAUCACUACUCAAAAAUUCUAAUCAAGCAUCACAGUGUUUGAACUGGGGGGAAACCAUUUUGCCUUCGGCAAAAAAAAAACAUGUAUAAAAGAACAUUAAGAGGCAAGAUCCUUAAACAAAGAUCAAUGGAAAUGUAUGCUUUGGUCCAGCAACUGAGAGUACAACUAAGUCCUGGCAGUAAGACACUAAACUCAAGUGACUGACUUUCUCCGGUGACAUUCAUGAAUAAAAAAUAUUUGUGAUGAUUGUCUUAACAUGUUCCCCUGGUCUGUCCAGUUCAUGUCCAUAAUUAAUAGUGAGGAACCAAAGAUCCUUCAUGUCUUGGUGUGACUCUUGCUGUUGCCAUUUGAUAGGAAUAAACCUUCCCUUGUCACC